UCUCUCUUUCUCUCAAUGCAGGUUAAGCUGCUGUGAAAUGACAGAUGAAGGUUGUUCUGCUGUGACUUCAGCUCUGAAAUCAAACCCAUCACACCUGAGAGAACUGAACCUGAGCUGGAAUAAACUAGGAGACUCUGGAGUGAAAAACCUCAGUGAUCUACUGAUGAACACACAAUUCAAGCUGGAGAAACUAGAUCUGUGUAGAUGCAGUAUUACAGAGAAACAGUGUCUCAUCCUGACUUCAGCUCUGAAAUCAAACCCAUCACACCUGAGAGAACUGAACCUGACAGGGAAUAAACUGGGAGACUCUGGAGUGAAAAACCUCAGUGAUCUACUGAUGAACACACAAUUCAAGCUGGAGAAACUAGAUCUGUGUGAUUGCAGUAUUACAGAGAAACAGUGUCUCAUCCUGACUUCAGCUCUGAAAUCAAACCCAUCACACCUGAGAGAACUGGACCUGAACUAA